AUGGCUGGGGAACCUGGGCUCCCUGGUGUGGCUGGGGAACCUGGGCUCCCUGAGGUGGCGGGGGAACCUGGGCUCCCCGGGGUGGCGGGGGAACUUGGGCUGCCUGAGGUGGCUGGGGAACCUGGGCUCCCUGAGGUGGCUGGGGAAACUGUGCUCCCUGGUGUGGCGGGGAAACUGUGCUCCCUGGUGUGGCGGGGAAACUGUGCUCCCUGGUGUGGCGGGGGAACCUGGGCUCCCCGGGGUGGCGGGGGAACCUGGGCUCCCUGGGGUGGCGGGACACAUCUUCUGGACAUUUCAGUAUAUCACGGAGACCAUGAUCAACGGGGACUUUGUUUUGGGGUUAUGAUAUGUGUUCUGAGCUAUCAUGACAUAUUGCACGUAAAUGACAGACAAGAUGCCCAUGUUAAGAAAUCACGAAUGUUAGAAUCACGAAAUAUCAUUCAAGUGUUUCCGUUUGGCCCGCUGCCAGCCUCAUCUGUGGUUCAUGGACACGAACAUAUCGCAGCAGUUGUCAACCAGAUGAGUUUGCUUGAGAAAGAAAUUAACCAUCUGAAAGUGGAAUUGAACCACUUGAAAUCUGACGUCCCAGGAAUGGAGACGAGAGUCAUAAACAAGAUGGACAUUUUGGAGUUACUGCUGAGAUCGGAUUUGACAGAGAAGAUUGUACCUUCCUAUAUACGUCGUCAAAUAGAGUCGUUUGAUGCCACGGUAAACAGUCACGUGAUGUCCCAGAUUAGACACCUCAAGCGUGGAUAUGAGCAGAUGAAGCGACAGACACUGAGUCUCACAAGACAGUUGAGGGAGGUCGGACAGACUAAAACACAACAACCACUGGACACUGUGAAAGACAAAGAUGCAUGUGAACAGCAGGGGCUCCGUGGUGUGGCGGGGGAACCUGGGCUCCCUGGGGUGGCGGGGGAAUCCGUGGUCCCUGGGAUGGGUUUUGAACCCUGGCUCCCUAGGGUAGAGGGAGAAUCUGUGGUCCCUGGGGUGGCGGGGGAAUCCGUUGUCCCUGGAAUGGCUUUUGAACCCUGGCUCCCUAGGGUAGAGGGAGAAUCUGUGGUCCCUGGGGUGGCGGUAGAAUCUGGACUCCCUCGGAUGGCGGGGGAAUCUGUGGUCCCUGGGUUGGCAGGGAAACCUGGGCUCCUUGGGGAGGUGGGUUUACCUGGGCUCCCUGGGAGGCGGGGUACCCUGGGCUCCAUGGCACGACGGGGCAAUAGGGGCUCCGUGGUGUGGCGGGGGAACCUGGGCUCCCUGGCGUGGCGGGGGAACCUGGGCUCCCUGUGGUAG